AUGUCCGUGUACAACAGCGGCGACGUCGCGCUGGAAAGCGCCAGCUUCAGCAAGUGCACGGCUGACUCUGACGGAGGAGGUAUGUUCGUGGACAACAGCGGCGACGUCUCGCUGGACGGCGCCAGCUUCAGCGAGUGCACGGCUGAUCACGGAGGAGGUAUGUACGUGUGGGACAGCGGCGACGUCGCGCUGGAGGGCGCCAGCUUCAGCGAGUGCACGGCUGGCGAUUACGGAGGAGGUAUGAGCGUGUGGAGCAGCGGCGUCGUCUCGCUGGACAGCGCCAGCUUCAGCGAGUGCACGGCUGGCGGGUACGGAGGAGGUAUGAGCGUGGAGAACAGCGGCGACGUCGCGCUGGAGGGCGCCAGCUUCAGCGAGUGCGCGGGUGCCUAU